GAGGAAGUCUGCUGUGGUGUGAGUCCUGCCCUGGUUGGCCUGGCUGUGUGUGUUUGUGAGGCCCCUCCUGUGGGGAGCUGGAGGCUGGCUUUUGCGGGAAGGAACGAGGAAGCAGUGCUGUGGAGGGCAGGCAGCCUGUAAUCUAGCCAGGAUCAUCUGUAAAUAGCCCUCGGUGUGAGCAGGAGGGGUACCCUCACCUCGGGCACCCAGUCUCCAUCCGAGCAGUUGAAGUUAAGCAGCAUGGCUGAGCUCUCGCUGGAGGAUAUCCAGCAACGUGCCAACCAGGUGACAGAUGAGUCUCUGGAGAGCACGCGUCGGAUGCUGCAGAUGGCGGAGGAGAGCAAAGAUGCUGGUGGCAAGACGCUAGUGAUGUUGGAUGAACAGGGAGAGAAACUGGAACGUAUCGAUGAGGGGCUCGACCGCAUCAACCAGGACAUGAAGGAGGCGGAGAAAAACCUGACUGACCUGACCAAAUGCUGCGGCCUGUGUGUGUGUCCCUGCAGCAAGGUGAAGAACUUUGAGAUGCGGGACGUGUACAAGAAGGCCUGGAACAGUGACCCCGAUGGCAGCUCAGGGAAGGUCACCACCAGUCAGCCUGGUGGUGGGCAGGGCACAGCAGGGGCAGACAGGACAAGCACAGGCUACAUCAAAAAGAUUACCAAUGACGCUCGGGAGGAUGAGAUGGAGGAGAACCUGGAGCAGGUUGGCAGCAUCAUCGGGAACCUGAAGAGCAUGGCCAUGGAGAUGGGCAACGAGAUCGAGUCCCAGAAUCAGAGGAUUGACCGCAUCACAGACAAGGCCGACACUAACAAAACUCGGAUCGACGAAGCCAACCAGAGAGCCAACAAACUCAUCAAAAAAUAAACAGUGGCGUCUGCCCCCCCACCCCGUCUUCCGUGUCUGUCCCCCAACCUCCCACCCCUCCCCACCCCGGCUACCCCAUCGCCUGGACCCGUCUCCCCAGUGGGGGGUUGUGGUUUCUGCUCCCCCUGAACUCAUCAUUAAGCACCUCCGCUGCCUGGGGAUGGGACUCCUGCCCAGCCUGUGUGCUGAAGAGAGUGCUUCUCGCCUUGAUGAUAUUUGAGUCUAAAUAUCCCUUUGGAGAUGAAUUGCCUGUGAGUGGUGUCUGCCUGUGGAUCUGGGUCGAGGCUUUGGGACUUGUGGCAGGAGGAUCGCAGAGCCCUGAAGGCUGAGGGGCUGAGCUGAGAGAGACUGGACAGGCAGCUAUGACCAUAAGGCUUGAUGAAAGGACUUCCAGAAACCGCCUCUCCCUCUCUCCCACCCCACCCGGGCAGCCAUUCUGUCUGUAGUGAACCAACCUUGCACAUUUAAUCAUUUUUUUCCAUUUGUGUAAUGGAUGGUCCCUGUGCCCCCGAAUGAGCUGAAUCAUUGUGUGAUUGUAAUCAGUGCUGACCACCCCACACAAAUUAUUGUUUUUUUUCUAAUAAAAAAUAAACUGGUUGCUUUGAGUGAAUAAACUUGUAC